UGUAUACAUACAUCUCUAUUUUUUGUUAGUAAAUUUUAGAAACUCGUGCGGUGAUUGAUCAGCCAAAGCUGCAAUUCUAUCUAAAACAUUUUGACAACUGGUUAUGUACGUGCUGUUUUCGUUGUCAAAUAAUUAGUUUUUAAACGGCUGUAAACAAAUUCAUGCAAUGCGUUCUGAUAUUUUUGGAAAUGGCGAAUCAGUUCUCUUAUUGGGAGAGGGGAAUUUUUCCUUUUCCAUUGGACUUUCCAGUCUAGGAAUUGAACUUAAUCUUACCGCUACAUGCUUCGAAUCAUUACUCACAAAAACUCAAAUUGAAAAUAUUGAUAUUUUGAAAACUCGUGGAGUCAAUGUAAUGACAGGAAUCGAUGCAACCAAGAUUCAUUCUAAUGAGCUCCUGAUGGACCGAAAAUUUGACAAGAUUGUGUUCAAUUUCCCACAUACUGGAGGCAAAAUGAAAAUACAUCUUAAUAGAGAACUGCUUCGCCUGUUUUUCCUUAGUGCAUCUAAACUUUUAGCUGAGACUAGUGGGCGCAUUGUAAUUUCCUUAUGUAGAGGUCAGGGGGCAGAUUAUCAGGGCAAAAGGAUAUGGACAGAUUCCUGGCAAGUGGUAGAUAUGGCAGGUCAUGCAAAUUUGUUAUUGGAGGAAUGUUCUCCUUUUGACUGGACCAAUUUUCCUACAUACAGAAAUGUUGGCUAUCGAAGUCUUGAAAAGGGCUUCCAUUCUCAGGAUGGUGUAGUUCAUGUAUUUUCUCAUGUUAAAAAUCUUAUAACUUCUCAUAUAGAAAGUUAUCUAGAUGACUAUGACCAGAAUAGAAUAACUGAUGAUCUUAAUUCUCAGCCAAUAUACAAAAGGAAAAUAAGACAAAAUAUUUUGGAAAAUGGUACUGCACCUAUCUCUUUUGUUUAUUCUUACCUUAGAACACAAAUAGAUUCCAAAUGCAAGUGUCACCACAAAUUUGAAAAUAGUCUGAUCACUCAGUCUCAAAUGAUGGAAACAAUUUCUUCAACUGUUCAAUUGUGGAAGGAGACAAAUUUUGAUGCAAUUAUGUUCUCACUUUGUAUUCCAAAUAAAUUGGGAAUGGACUUUAAAGAAAGUCCGUUUUCCAUACAAACAUAUUUUUUUGGCUCUCAAAAUUAUCAACUCUUGAAGGAGGCUUUGUCUAGAUUUAUUUCAGUCUUCAACAUUGGAAAAUAUCAAAUUAAAGAAAAGACUUGCUCUUCUACUUCUAAAAUUGUUAAGGAAGUUUUCCUGCAGGCUUGUGAAAGCACAGAUGAAAUUUUAUUCGCUAAAGUGAUUCAUGAUGAUCAGGGUUGGAACUCAGGGCCAUUUUUGUUAAUUUAUAUUGAUAUUCUCGUCAUGAGCAUUUUUUCUUUGACUAGCUGGAAGCAGCUGUGGGCUGAAAAUAUAAAAACCACUGUGCGUUUGGGAAAACCCACAGUUCUUGGAAUUUGUCCUUAUCCUGUGCUUUAUAGUUUUGAUAUGUCAUUUACCAUCAAUAGUGAUUUUACAGAGGAGAAGUUUUGUGAAGUGUUGUGGAAUACUGCAGGAGAAAUAAUUGAAAAUGUAACUAAAAUUAAAAAACAUUAAUCGAUUUUCAUCUAAAUGUUCUUGGUAGACUUUUGGAAAAAGUUCUGAAUAUUCAUGUGAAAUAAAUAAUUUUGUGAUGCGCA